AUGGAUCAUUCGCCGCGGGCUGGACAAGGCGAGGCAGCUCGAAACUACCAUCACCACCACCAUCAUUAUCACGGCUGGCCCGAAGAUGACAACCCGUUCGUCGCCAUCCGCCGCUUCGCCGACGAACACAUCUCCUCUGUGCUGCAGUCCGUGACUGGCCUCCCUUCCUCCUUCACGCCUCCCUCUGAGCGCUGGUCCAUUAUCGAUGAUGAUGUCCAUUAUCGCCAGCGAGCGGCGCAAGACGGCAAAGACAGCAACAGCACCAGCAGCAACAAUAACUUGGAAGAUCCAACCCACACCUCCCAAGCUCGGAAUCCCAGCGACGGGAGUUACAACAAUAGCGCCCACCAUCACCACCACUUCCAUCCGCGCAAUUACCGCAGCGACCCCGACUUUUUCUCCAAUUCCUUCUUCGAUCGAUUCUGGCUCGAUGACCACUUCCCUUCGCGGGUUUUCCAACCUUUCCACCGUCCGAUCUUCCACAACCUCGUCAGCGACGCCUCCCCCGCCUGGCCCGUACCCUACCUCAUGUUCAGCCCCUACUCGCCCCUCCACCUGGAACGCCAGGCCCAGUACCGUCACGCCCAUCGCGACCGCGGCGUGUUCUCGUCCCUGAUGUCUACACUGAGUCUCGCCUCGGAGGAAGAAGGAGACUCAGAUCCCACCGAGCCGCGGUGGCGCGAGGCGUUUGAGGAUCUCCUGCGGUUGGAGAACGGGAAGCCCAUGCUGGAGCGGGACGACAAGGCAGUAGUGGCCAGGGAGUCCGGCCAAGAUUGGUUGCAGGGAUUGGUGAAGAGGGGUAGUCUGGGCGAUCGGUGGAAGUUUGUCUCGGCGGGCACGGACAAUCAGCCGUGGUCGACCAUUACCUUCGAUAGCUCCGACCUGCGAGACGCAUUGAAGGCGCAGUCGACCGACGCAGAAGGCUUCGCUCAGAGUGAGACGGACAUUCUCACGGAUCAGGAUCUGUACGACCGGUUCCUGGACGACCUUCAAGCCCGGGAGCGGGAAUUCGCCCGCGAGGUUCACGAGAGUCCCGUGCUGCGCUUCUUGCUCGAUGACCGUCGCCGCUUGAGCGAGUGGCCGUUGCGUAUCAUGCGCGAUGAAGAUGGCGACUUCUAUCCACCGCAGCAGCGACAGGCCCCGGGCGCCGAGUCCGCCCUUCCGCAGACUGAAGACCCGGCCGUGUCCUCGGAGACCCCUUCCGCUUCCCUUGAAUCAACUACAGUCAACAAACCGUACGUAAUCUCCACCCAAACCCGAACCGAACGCAUCCGCCUCUCCGACGGCUCCAUCCAAACCAAGACCGUCCGCACCCAGCGCUUCUCUGACGGUCGCGAAGAAACCAACGAGUCGGUCGACGUUGUGAAACCUCGGCCGAUGGUCCAGGGCGAGCAGAAUCAACCCUCGGAUGAAUCCGGCCAGAACAAGGAUGGCUGGUUCUGGAAGGGAUAA